AUGGCGGAGGAAGAAGUUGUUGCACCUUCUGCCAGCCCUCUUCCCUCCGAUUGCAAACGCAAGUUCGAAGAUCUCGAUUCUGAGCCUACCGAAUCUAAUGCCAAAUCCAACCCUGACGAUAACAACGCCGAUGCCGCGGUUCCCGACGACGGCGACAACAAGCGCCCUCGCCUUGGCGACGACCUAGCUAGUGCAAAUGGGCAUCAGGAGGAGCAGUCUCACAAGCCUGCGGAAGAAACAGUGGAAAGAGUUGAUUUAGAGAGUACUGUUACAGAGGAUGAUGCUUCUCCUGGCCGAAAUCAACUUACGUCUGCCACUGAGACCACGACACGGAGAAUUGAUGUUCCUAACAAUAAGGUUGGCGUACUUAUUGGAAAGGCUGGAGAUACAAUAAAAUACCUGCAAUAUAAUUCUGGUGCCAAGAUUCAGAUAACUAGGGAUGCUUAUGCAGACCCUCAAGCUGCAACAAGGUCUGUGGAACCGAUAGGAAGUUCGGAAAGUAUAUAUAAAGCAGAAAAGCUGAUAAGUGCUGUGAUUGCGGAGGUCAGAUGCUGUAACCAAUUGGAAGAGUUGGGCUCCUUUUUUUUCUUUACCAUGUUCCACACUUUAUUUUCUUUUUUGGAGAUUCUACAGGCAGAUGCUGGGGGGUCUCCUGCCCUUGUAGCUAGUGGCCUUUCUCCUGCUCAAGCUACUAUGGGGUCUGAACAAAUUCAGAUACAAGCUCCAAAUGAAAAGGUGGGUUUAAUCAUAUGGAGAGGUGGGGAAACAAUUAAAGGUCUGCAAAUGAAAUCUGGGGCAUACAUCCAGGUAUUGAUACCUCAACAACUUCCAGAAGGAGAUGAUUCUAAAGAAAGGACUGUCCAAGUUAGUAAUUUAGUGAUAAAAGAAGUCAUGGGUCAGAUUUGGCUAUUGCCUUUCCCUGGGGUCAGCAUUGCUUUCUUGAUGUAGCAUAGACAACAUAUUCACUCUCAUCCACUGAAGAGAGGUGGCAGGCAUUAGAACCUCAGAUUGCAGGAUGUUUAAUGGUUGGUAAGAUUGCUUCAAGACUUAAGAGUUAAAAAUCAUGAUUCAGUAAGACUGUUGUGCUGGCCUUGGUGCUCAAAUAGAGCUGCUGUGUGAUUUGCAUGAGAUCGAAGGAAAGAGUAAUUCUUGGUUAUGUCGUCUAAUGCUUAUAACUCUGUUGGAGUUGUACUCUGUGUCUAUUUAAUUCUGUAAGGAAAAUACCAAAUUAAACAACUCAUGUGAUCAGAGAUGAGUUUAAGUAUAUUGUGUUAUUGUACCUAACAUGUCUUUGACCUAAUGAUUCACUUGGUUGAAAGGACUAAAUAUUGGAUUGAGUUUUGAGUGUUGUAAGUACGAAAGUAUAGAAUAACCGUGUUGAUCCUAUAUGGCAAUUUAAUUUGUUUUGAAUGUUAGAAUGCUCUAAUGUGAUUCUCUUAAUCUACUUAAUGCUCAGUAU